UUGGUCAUGAUAGCAAGUUCAAAGAUGGCUCCUUCAACAACGACAUAAUUAUUAUCAUUGAUUUUAUUUUUAAACAUUUACAAUGCGUGUAAAAAAAUAAGUGUGACAUGUUUUAAGAAUGUCAGUACGAUAUAAUAAACUUUAGCGUCUUAAAAUGUCGGACGAGGAGCAUGAUAAUGACGCUAGACGUGGUUUCUUGAUGGUGCAAAAUCUUAUUGAUGUUUCGGCUGAUAGAUUAGAGGGUCUCCGUACGCAAUGUGCAACAAGUACCGAAUUAAUACAGCAAGAAAUACGAACCCUAGAGGGUAAACUGAUAAAACUCUUCAGUAGUCAACUCGUAACGAAAGCAAAACUUAAAAAAGAAAGGUCUUUACCAUCUGAAAUGAAGCAUUCACCUUCAUUAACUCAAUGGUUGAAAGUUGUAGGAUUAAGUGAUGAUUCUAUACAGGCUGUUUGUAAGAAAGUAUCUUCUUUGGAAGCACUGCAUGAUAAAUCAGAACAUGAACUGAAGAAAAUGCUCACUAAGAAAAAUGCCAAGGAAGAAGAAAUUAGAAGACUUAGUCGUGCAUUGCAUAAUCUAAGAAGAUAUACAGAAGUACUACUUCGGGGUGAUCAAAGAGAACCAUCAGAGCUUCAUUGGGAUUCUUGGGAUAGGCACAAUUUACUAAAAUCUACAUCACCCAGACCACAAAGAAACCAUACUUCUAGAAAAUCUGUUCCCUCAUCUCAAGAGUUGAUAAAUGUUAAUGGCAAUGGAAAGGAUUCAAUUAAUCAAGUGUCCCAUGAGUCAUUAGCUCACUUAGUAGAACAAAACUGCCUAGGAAGCUCGCCUAGUGUUUCAUCUCAUGAUACUUUGAGUAAUUCCUUUCAGAGUUUAAGAAGUAUUCCUAAUGACAGUCUACAAUGUAUAAACAAGAAAGAGCAUUUUCAAAGCAAUUUAUUAUUGGAUUCUAGUGGAAUCAUAUAUGACUGUUCUCAUUCAGAAAAAAAUUUGACUUUAACUCCAAGUGGAUCACUUAAUUCUAUUCAGACCGGUGCUAUUCACUUGGAUAAUGCUAGCCUGACUGCAGAUUCACCAGUAAUUUCUGAAAUGAUUAGCAGCAAUAAUUGUACUCCUGCAAAACAAAGUUUAGCUGCUGAUGCAACUUCCUUGAUGAAGUCAAAAUCGCAAGAAUCUCAGCUAAACUGUACAAGUACAGAAAAUGUGACUGAAGAAGUUAUGAUGAAUAAACAAGCAAUUGUAAAUAAUUCAAUUACACAUAAUACUGAUGCUACUGUAGAUGAUAUUUAUAUCUCAGUUAGUCCACUCAAGUCUCCAAGAGGAUCGACUUCUACAGACAUUGAAGAAAAUAAUAAGGGCUCAACUACAACAUUGCCAGUUCAACCACGCUCUCCACGUAACCCUAUAGUAAGCAGAGGAAUGGGGCAUCAAAUAUCUCACCGGUUCACUAAGACUUUUCGAAUGAUGAGCAGUUGUGAUUUUUGUGAAAAGCAAAUGUUUAUAGGAACAGGACUAAGUUGCAAGGAGUGCAAAUUUCGUUGUCACAAGGAAUGUGGGCCAAAAGUUCCACCAUCAUGUGGACUUCCUCAAGGAUUUGUAGAUGAAUUCAAAAAGUUAUUUCUGCCUGAAAGAUAUCAGCAUAAUUCAUCACCGAGUCGUGGAUCUUCUGGGCAUUUACUUCCUGCAGCAUUAUUGCGAAGAGAUAGACAAAAAUCACAUCCGCAACCUAAUUCUAGUAGCAUAGCACCUUUUCAGGGCCCAGAUUCAAGUUCAAAUACAUCAAGCUGCAAUAGCUCAACUCCUUCUAGUCCGGCUUUACAAGCACAGAAUAUUCCUCCUACACCUCAGCAAACAGCAAAGGGUCAAUUUAAUUUUCCAGAAGUUCCUCACGAUAAGGAAAUCAUGUUAGAGGCCCAUACUAUGCAUAAGCCAGGUGUUUCAGAAUUGGUAGACACGAGGCAAAGCAAUGACAGUGAUAAAACAGUUUCAUUAAGUGGCUCAAAUUCAACAGACAGUGAACGAACCCCCGUACGAGUAGAUAGUGUUGACGGAGAAACUAAUGCCGGAGAAUUAAGAUGGCCUAGGCAAAAUAGCCUUUCUAUGCGAGAAUGGGAUAUACCUUAUGACGAACUGCAUCUGUCUGAUGUUAUUGGUAAAGGUAGAUUUGGAACCGUUCACAGAGGAAAUUGGCACGGUGAUGUAGCUAUCAAAGUGCUUGAUACAACAAUUGAUUAUGUGAAUGAAAAAAAAUCUUUGGAUGCAUUCAAAUUAGAGGUUUCAACGUUCCGCAAAACUCGACAUGAAAAUGUUGUGCUAUUUAUGGGUGCCUGCAUGAAGCCUCCUCAUUUGGCGAUUGUAACUGCCUUGUGCAAAGGCAUGACACUUUACACACACAUACACUUGCGUAAAGAUAAAUUUAACAUGAAUAGAACUACACUGGUUGCACAACAGAUAGCCCAGGGAAUGGGAUAUUUACAUGCUCGAGGUAUUGUACAUAAGGAUUUGAAGAGUAAGAAUAUAUUUUUGGAAAAUGGUAAAGUUGUGAUCACAGACUUUGGCCUAUUCAGUGUUACUAAACUUUGUUAUGGAAAUAGCAAAAAUGACAGUUUAGGAAUACCGACUGGUUGGUUGUGUUAUUUAGCCCCUGAAGUGAUACGUAGUUUAAGAGCACAUCAAAAAUGUCAUGAGAAGGAACUUCCUUUUACGCAGGCUUCAGAUGUUUAUGCAUUCGGAACUGUAUGGUAUGAAUUAUUGUGUGGGGAGUGGCCGUUCAAGGGACAACCACCAGAAGCAAUAAUAUGGCAAGUUGGCCGAGGAAUGAAACAAACCUUAGCCAAUUUACAAGCAUCACGUGAUGUUAAGGAUAUCUUGAUGCAUUGUUGGUCUUAUCAUUGUGGAAACAGACCAGAUUUCACACAACUACUAAACACAUUAGAAAAAUUACCAAAGAAACGGUUAGCUAGAAGUCCUUCACAUCCUGUGCAUUUAUCCCGAUCAGCGGAGAGCGUUUUUUGA